GAUUAAUUGCAGCCUGAACCAAAGACUUAAAUGUUCCUUCUUUAACCAAGUUCAACGAAAUAAUGAACCAAGUCGUCGGCUACGAGGAAUUCAAAAACAAAAUGCGUAUGUAUUUAGACCUCCGGGCAUUGGUAAAUCCUACAUUAGUGAAAAGGUGGCUGAAGGAAUGGAAAGGCCCCUCAUUAACAUUGACCUCGGAGGCCGAACUGAUACCGGCAUUUUAGAAGGAGUUAGCCCCAGCAUCAAAGCUGCUUACCCCGGCCGUCUCUGCUCGGGAAUUAGUAUCAGUAAAAAUAGAGGAGCCAUUGUGCUUUUAGAUGAGUUUGAGAAAGUGCGAGACGAAGGCUUAGCCAAUAUGAUGGGGAAUGUUUUAGACAUUAAGAAAAAUAAGGACUGA